AUGGUCGCAGAUGCACUAGUUUAUCACCCUGCGGUGGCACAUUAUCUCCGGUUUGUCGCGACAACAGUGGGCCGCGAUAAGGUCCUCCGUACGAUCCAAUAUUUUGCUCGAUUCUACUCGUGGUAUCUCUACCGUACCAACAACCCGACCAGUGCCAUUCAACCGUGGACCACCAUCAAAACCCAAUUUGGUCUCACAAGAAAGAUCUUGCGAGUGGGCAAGUUUGUCGAACAUAUUCGCCUGGGCUCCGAGUUAUACGAUGCGGCCAUGAAGUCAGGAAAUGGGGACAAGGUCACCCAAUAUCUGCAGGUCCUGAGACAGAUAGGAUAUGCGGGAUACCUGCUAUUUGACACCUUGACCGUAUUGGACGCGAUGGGCGUAAAGAAAGACCCUCGGGCAAAGAGCCUACAGGCUACUGCAUACCGAUUUUGGUUCUCAGGUUUGACUGCCAGUGCACUUGCUGGAAUCUACAACCGGUACAGGCUCAGCCAGCGCGCAAAGGCUGUCAAUGAGAAGGAUGCUGAGGCCAAGGUGGAUAGCAUUAGCAUUGCGAGACAACAACAGAUUGUGAACAUCCAAUUGGUUUCGGAUCUCUGUGACCUCACAGUUCCAAGCACGGCUCUCGGAUAUGCCAACUUCGACGAGGGUAUCAUCGGUCUCGCAGGAACUACCAGCAGUCUACUUGGCGCCUGGGCAGCAUGGCAGAAGACUGCAUAA